AAGGAAUUGUCUGAUAUCCACUAGUCACCAAUGUAGUAUGUGGGACAAAUCGCGCAGUGUGAGAUUACAUUGUGGCAAAUUUGUUUUUCUUUUCUCCGCCCAUUCAUCCAUUCAUCCAUCAAGUCUGGGUCCGUGCCGUUUGGUUCAUCGUUCCUGCUGUGGUACGUACGUAGUACUUUUUUUUUACUGGGCAGCGGUCUGCCCACUCUUCAUUCCCUCUUUGGGUAUGUGUGUGGCUGGUGAGAAGGAAGAGAGCAAAACCCGCUGGGCUGAGCUGUAGCUAGUACAAUGUGGUUAGUCAGGUUUAAUCAGUGUGGAAGUCAUUUCCGGAUUGUUUGCUUUGCUUGUUUGUUUGUUAGUUGGUUAGUUGGGGGUGUGGAUGUAGA